CUACUCUGAAAUGCAGUGAACAAGUCACCUUAAGAUUUUGAAUUAUGCUUUGCUUACACCAAGCAAACUGAUUAUUCAAUGCUUUGAAUCUGAUUCUUUCAGGUGAAUAGGGGCGGUGGACUUAUAAAUACUUGAAAAAGUUAAAGGGUGAUAGCUUUGAUAGUCUGGUGAACCAUCAUAGGCUUGUGAAGGGUUUUGCCUUUUCUUUUUCCUGCCAAGGCAGUUGCCCUUUAUUUUUCCCCGUUCUUUUUCGGAUAAUCCAAGGCAUAGUUGGUCCUUGACGAAUCUAGCAUUGCGAAAGGCGUCUCAGGCAUAAGUGGUCUAGGAAGAGGAUAAAAAGUGAAAAACAUGUACAGAAAGUAGAAGAGAUAAAAAAUACCAAACAGCAAGUUGAUAACCUUACAAAGAAUAGCAGCAAGCUUUCCAAGGAAGAUAGCUCACCAGUGUUUAUAGCCACAUAUACAGCAUCAAAGGUCGCAAUAUGUGGAUCGACCUUAAAAAGAUUGAACUAUCUAACACGCACUGCAGCAGCAUAAAGAGAACGGUGGACAGAAAACUGGUCCUUAAUUUGAGAGAUAAACAAAUCAGAUGAAGCAAUAUGGAUAUUGCAAGACCUUCCAAUUCUUGUUCUGUUUCUAGUUACACUUCUUCUCAGGGGAGAAAAUCUAAAUGGUGUGAGAAAGCCACAGAGUUUCUCUGCAGUGCCUGCUUGCUGUGCAUUUCGUGCCCGUUAGCUGUUGUCUGGUGUUGCAUCAAGGUUCCGUGCAAGGUCGGAUGGCAUGCAGCGCAGCAUGCAGGGCACUGUGCUUGUGUAUCAGGGAAGAGAGUUUAUGCAUCCUAUUCUUCAUUUUCUGACAUUGACUUGGAUAUUCUGCCUGGUAAGGCUCAUAGCACAUGCUCCACAACUUCGAAAGCUCCUUGGCAACGUAAGAAGUCUGCAGCAAACAAAACCUUAAACUAAAACCUGAUUUUAAUAUAUUCCUCUGUUUCAGUUAUCGGAAAUAUUAUAUACAGGUUCCAUUAUUGCUUGUCUUCUGAUUUUGAAUGUGAUGUAAAACAUUUUGUACUCA